AUGGCAUCGACCACCGCCAUCUUGGCCUCCGCGGCCACCACCGAUUCGGGAUGCCGCAUCUUCUCCCUCCCCACAGAGCUCCAGGUGGAGAUUUUCGACUUCGCCUACCCAGGCGCCGAGACGCGGGUCCUCAGCAAGGAGGCCUGGCUCACCAGAGAGAGCCAAAUGCGCAACCAGCACGGCUCUCCUCCCGCCCGCCCAUACCCCGGCCACAAGGUGAACGAACUCUUCGUCUCCAAGCUCUUCUUCGCGGCCGCCGCCAAAGCCUGGAUCAAGAACCAGAUGUUCGUCGCUCCAUAUUUCGGCAUGGAAGUGCAGAUCACCGGAUUCUGGGAGCCGUUGUUGGACAGUGAGGGCCUGCUAUCGAAGUACACGGAGAAGAUCAAGAUGAUGGAUGCGGUGAUCCUGCGAGGCUUCACGAACCAGCUACCACGCCUGAUGCACGUACAGGUCAUGCCGGUCCUAUCAAACUUCCAGUCGAGACUCUAUAGCGACGGCGAUAUCGUGGACUCGGCGACGUUCCAGAAAAUCAUCCUCCUGCGCGGAAUCCUGGAUCUUGAGAUGAUCCCACGGACAGAGAUCAAAGGCGAUCAGAAAGCCAUGAUGGAAGCGAACCUGACGCGGUUGCGUGAACUUGCUCUGCCGCUUGUGACGCUCCCACGACAUGACAGCCCCUUCCCGUUCGAUGUCUCGGACCUCUUAGAGGCAUCCUGGGUUUUGCCACCAGGAACCUCCUUUCAACAGGCACGCCGCGGCAAGAUGUUCGAAAUCGGCACACUCUUCAAGAAGCUAGGAACGUGGAUUAGGAGAGUUUUGAAUGGAUGA